AGAGCGCGGAGUAGUACCUGCCUCUGCGCACCUCUCGCGCAAGUCCUGCACAGGUGGCCGACGAAAUUGUGGGCGAGCAAGAGAGCAGCAACGAACGGAAAAAACUUGAUAUGAAAGUCGAAAUAGAGAUCAAUGGCUCUGGAUACACUUCUUUUCCUGAAAGAAAGAGGCGAGCGGAGCCCGAGUCGCAGGCGGAGGACUCUGCGGUUCUCCAGGGAAUAGCGUCUGAGCGUCGACAGAACGACUCCACGGUCAUGGACGAGAACACGAUGGCUUUCGAGAGACCAAAGGCAAGAGGCAAAAAGAAGGACAAUCGCUCUCCGGUUUCAAUGGGUCCCGGAACUGCCGGCGGUAGAAAUCACGGCGCAGUGGAAGCAAUCGAGAGCAAAGUCAGACCCUCUGGUGAGAACGAUGCGCCGCGAAGCUCGGCUGGGACGGGAAAGACAGCAAAGAACAAGCGCAAAGGACCUGCUUCCACGCAAGAACCGCAAGCUGGGCGAGGCACCACGAAGAAUAUAUCCCUCCCUGAUGUUGGUUCUGCAAGGGAGAAUUAACGCCAACAAUCAAUUGACAACAAGUCGUCACAGGUUCCUGCUACAGACAGGACAACGUCGUCCACAGCGAGCAAAAAAGCGAGGAAAAAGAAGCGGAGAGGCUCAAGUCCAACUGGUCUCGUUUGACGAUCUAAUAUCUCAGCCCGGUAGAACAUGCAGCGACGCCACGUUACGCCAGGCUCUAUUGUAU